AUGUGUUGGUUUCUUUUAGGGGAAAUCCAGCAUCAGCUGAGGCAGGCACUUCUCAAUGUGUUCGAUAUCGACUCUGUCGCAGCUCUCGCGCAGAGCGUGCGUGGACGCUCGCAGGCAGGUUUCGGUGACCAAACACUUAGCCACUUCCACCACCAAGGACAGAGCAUCGUUACCCAACUUCGUCUUAUUGUCUUGGAAGGAUCCGUUCAGAAGUUCUUUUAUAACAUCCUGUUUUAUGGUAUGCUUCACAUUAGAUGUUACGGACGCAGGAUCAAUACUGUCCUCGUCGUUCUCGUUGCUAUUACGAGCCAUUUUCAACGUAUUAUCACUCACAAAUUUGGAAAAUUAUUAACAAAUAAAUCAAUUUGUCGGAAGACAAAAACCUUUCACAAAUAAAUAAUUGA